AUGGAUACCGAAACAGAGUUCAACACCUCUAUGUCUACUACUACAGAUGCCUGCGAUCUUUGUGGCUGUUUACGAGAUAAUACUUCUCCGCAAUAUACUGCUGAGGAGUUCAAUCAAAUCAUCCAGCAGCUCCAUGACACCCCGGAGCAUCUGCCGAUGGGUGUACGCCAGCAUCCUGGGGCCAUCGACUUGGGCAGGGAGAAUGACCGGGAGAAGGUGAAAAUGCUGCAAGAGGAAUGCGACGCACUACGGGCACGGCUGAAAGGGACAGAGAGAGACCUUGAAGAGCUGGAGAGGGCUUACAAUGUUAAAAGCGUGCUCCUCAGUUGCCUGAGUGAUGGGUUUGACAGGCUGUUAACUGUAUCUGAGUCCGUCGAGGUCUCCAAACAAGUCAAUAUGUCUGAUCGGUUGAGCCAUAGAUGGUUACAGCCUGCUGAGCGCCAUGGGGGGGCCUAUGUACACCAUAGCAGACGCCUUGUUCAGAUUAGAGACCAGCUUGCCUCCCCCCAGACUCAGUUCCCUUCACUUAUAGUCUUCCUAGGCAACAGAAAGAAGGAUGUUGCCCUCCGUGCGUUGUUUCCAGACAAUACAUUGUCUCAAAGACAACCGUACAUCCAAUUAGACGUUGACAGUCGCACAACCUUCGCAGACCACCCACUGCUUUUUUCUCAUUGUGAUGCCAAACUUGAAUUUCAUAAGACCGACCGCAUACCCAGAGAUUAUGAGGAGAUACCACUACGCUGGCCACUUAUUGAUCUCCAUCAUGCCUCGGAUAUUAUUCUCAGUCGUGCUAUGUUCAUGUUUACAGACGUAAUCUGUAUAUUUGCUGAUGAUUUGGGUGGUCUGGAUGCUGUUCGGAACAUGCUGACCAGGUGGGCAAUGGUGGGCCGUAAUGCGUCCAGCUUAGAAUACCGACCGCGUGUGUUGAUUGUCAUGGAGACUGAUCAUAAACACCCUACAUACGAAACUCUAGACGAAAUGGAUUUUUUCUUUAUGCUUGCACAGGACCGCAAUGUUACUGAGGUUUUCGUAACGCCCAGUCUACACCGCUUGCCCGGUCAGGCGCUAUCUGAUAUAGCCCAACAUUGUUCGCUGAAAAAUGACCUACUGAAACUUACCGAUAUUAGCCGACGAGAUAGGAAAGAGGAGGGAUACCUCUUUUCAGUGAUGCAUAUGGCUUUUUUCUUUCAGACCGCUUUAGAUCAUGUCUGCCGGGCACCCCAAGCACCCUUCGAUUUCGUCAGGGGUGCACGAGCUGGGAUUGAAGUGGGCCAAUCCCACAGAUUUCACCUGAGAGACUUCCUCGUUGUCACUCGGGACAGAGGAUGGAAGUUGGAAGACCAAGCGUCUCAUAUCGCAUCAACUCUUCUCAUUGAUGCGUAUCCCCCUGGAUCACACUUCUUUAGCCCAGCUGCCGUCUUUGAUACACUGUAUCGUCACCACUGCCAGGAGGCUCUACUAUCGGCAGAGCUCUCCUCAUGCUGCCAACCAAUUGAGUAUCACUUUGCCCGCCUCCGAAGUCGCCUUCUCUUCGGAAAAGGGCCCCCUCGUCGAAUCCAUGAAGAGGGUCUCGCCCGUCGACGUGGGCUCUUCCGAAUGAUAGCUACUAGCCACACCUGCUUACUAUGUCUUAGCCACCCCCCGCAGCAUCCGUUGCCAUGUGGCCAUGCAUACUGUGAUGUAUGUGCGGCGUGGUACGGUUCUCCAGUGGAAGGAGCGGAGUAUGAGUACUCUGUCCGCCGCUGUGCCCUGUGUCAGAUGUCUACCGAUAUCUUGGUCAGAGUGCUACCACCUACUGCGUCGGUUCGAGCGAUCACUAUUGACGGAGGCGGCGUCCGGGCUAUCAUGCCGCUGCGGUUUCUGGGAUAUAUGCAAAAGAUUCUUGGCCCUGGGUGUCUUGUUCAAGACAUGGUCGAUGUAGCGUUUGGGACAAGUGGUGGGGGAAUUGCCGUACUGAAAGCAUUCCGCCAACGCCGACCUAUAAGCGAAUGCCAGCAAACAUUAGCUGAUCUUAUAGUGCGAUUCUUUCAAGGUCAUCCUUCUCCACGAACCACAUGGAAUAAACUUAUCCAAACCAUACGCUGCUGGUGGAAGGACGGUUGGUAUGACGCCGGCCUAUGGGAUGAGCUAUUGCAAAAGGAAUUUGGUGUCGACCAGGGCAUGUUUGACGUGCAGCCGGUCUCAGGCACUAAAGUUGCUGUGACGGCUGUGGCCGAUCAGCCAGUGCUGCUGAUUAAUUACCGGCGGGUGGUCGACCCCCCGGGACAACGUUGCUUGGAUGAUGCGAUGCAAACCACUGGGGUUGCGCCAUUGGCCCACUCAGGUGGUUACUAUCGGGUCUACACAGCACCAGAUCCGGAACAUGAGCCUCAGUUAUGGAAAUGUGGAAGAGCAACAACUGCAGCACCAGGAAAAGCCAGAUUACUCCCUCCUAUUGAGAUUCCUGGCGUUGGAAGCUGUGCGGACGGCGGCCUCAAGCAUAACAAUCCAGCUUUGAUCUGUCGGGCUGAAACGCCAUUCAUGUGGGCGUCAAACCCGGUGCCUGGUACCUUGAUUUCAUUGGGCACCGGGAAGGCCGGCAGACAGCGCCGCCGACGGUGGCCACGCGGGUUUGCUCUUCGCCUUUAUGACUCGUUCUUAGCGUCAAUGGACGCGGAACAAGCGUGGGAAGAUCUCCUUGGCCAGGUGGACCCCGCGAACAGGCGCAAUUACCACCGUCUCAAUGUUACGUUUCCCGAUCAGGAGCCUCUCCUGAACGCAGCCGCUCAGGUGGAAUGGAUGACGGAAUUAGCUGAUAAAACUGCUGUAAUGCAAGUGCCUCGAGCGUUAACCUCUUUGCUUCUUGCUAGCUUUUUCUUCGAACUCUCCUCCCCUCCUUGCUACAAUGAUGGUAUAUAUCAGUGUUGCGGAGCCAUCCGAUGUCGGCUACGGGGAAAGGAUUUAGUCCAGGUACUGCGCCAACUCCAUCCACAAGCCUCAACAUUCGUCCUCGGCACGUGCCCGCUGGGUAUCUCGCCUUUUCAGGAUGCCGUCUGCUCCGACUGCGCCAGAUAUUGUGUUCCUGUCAAAUUCGAGGUCGAUGGACUAGACAGUAAUAUUCUGUUGUCCCUUGAGCUUUACCCGCAUCAAUUACAACUGUUGGGUGGUUUCCCCUCAUCGCUGCGCCAUCUUGUCGAUCGGCUUAGGAUCAAUAUGAUUGGGUGCCCUGGAUUACCGCGGCUGCCAGCACGCACGGAAUGCAAAUCAUGCGAACUCCGGAUUCACAGGAAGGCUAGGCCAGAUUUUGAAGAUUCUAGCUACAAGAAGCGCGUCCGUUUCAUCUAAGCCUACCGGUCCAUAACAUAAGAUCGCCUUCUUACACAAUCAUGUAAUUUUGUGACAAUUCGUAUCUCUGUCACCUU